UCAUUGUGGUAUUGCUGUGUACUUCUUCCAGCACUGGCGUAGCUUCACCUGUAAAUACCUGCCUCAGGUGAGCCAGCUCAGCGUUUACGCGCCGCUCUGUAGGAGUGAAACACUCCCCCCUGCUGUCACACGGAGGAACUGCACCUGCUAAUACCUCACAGGCUCGUAUCGGCCUUUGUGUUUUGUUUGAAUGCUCUUGAGACAAACUCACGGAGCGGUUUAUCUCCCGCUCGGAUACUUUUGUUUUCCGGUGCUGUAGCACCAGAACCGGCAGAACCAGCGGCAGCAUGGAGCGGCUGUAGCGGCAGCAGCUACCGCGGCGACAGCUUCACUGCGUGGCGGUUUCCGGUGUCCGUCCGUCUGCAGGAGGAGGGAUGGCGUCCGGCUUCAACCGCAUCCCCUCUACCGCCGGUCCUCCGAGUCCUAAACACACCGACGCUUGUCGACCUAACACUGAAGGCGGGCGGUGAAACCCAUCGAGUUCCCUCACCUGUCUCAAAGGACGUGUGUUAACACAGAUUCAGCACUGUGUUGUGGUUACCGUUUCUUAAACCACAUCCCACCAUCCACCCAGUUUGGCACUGAAACCCCCCCGCGCCACACACACACACACACACACACACUCUCAUCUGCUGAGCGCUGACUCCCUACAUGCGAAGUGGAAGGAUGACGGAGGCGUGGCAGCAGCAGCAGCAACAUGCGGUGGCUCCACCCUCUGUUGUGCACACGCUGCCCCAGGGAACCGACAACCCUCUGGGCUGCACUGUUUACGGUGUCGUCCUGCAGCCGGACACCUCCCUGCAGCAGCCCCAGCACGGCCAGCAGCUCACCGUUCAAACCCAGCAGCCCUCCUUGCAGGUAGGGGGCGAGAGGGGGCAUAAGUGUGGAGCUUGUGGCCAUGACAUCUCUCACCUGGCCAACCCUCAUGAACACCAGUGCAUGGUGAACCAAGACCGGUCCUUCCAGUGCACGCAGUGUAUGAAGAUCUUCAGCCAGGCGACCGACCUGCUGGAGCAUCAGUGUGUGCAGGUGGAGCAGAAACCUUUCGUGUGCGGGGUGUGUAAGAUGGGUUUCUCUCUGCUCACCUCCUUGGCCCAGCAUCACAACUCUCACGGGAACGGCAACAACCCGAUGAAGUGCUCCAUCUGUGAGAAAACGUACCGGCCGGGUUCUGGAAACGUCACCCCGACCUCGUCAGCUGCCAACCCUCAGCAGCCCUCCACUGGUGAGACGUCCAGUGGCGGUGCAGCGAUCAGUGCCUCGUCUCCACCUGCGUUUGAGGCCUCCGCACCAGACAGGCCAUACAAGUGCUCAGUGUGCCAUAAGUCCUUCCGGCAUUUGUCGGAGCUGACCCGCCACGAGAGAGUACACACUGGCGAGAAGCCAUACAAAUGUGACACGUGUGAUAAAAGCUUCAGCCAGUCUUCGCAUCUGGCGCACCACCAGCGUACGCACAGCUCCGAGCGGCCGUACAAAUGCGCCGUUUGCGAGAAGAGCUUCAAGCACCGCUCGCACCUCGUGCGGCACAUGUACGCUCACUCGGGCGAGCACCUGUUCAAGUGCAAUUUAUGCGAGAUGCACUUUAAGGAGUCGUCCGAGCUCCUGCACCAUCAGUGCCAGCCUGAAGGGGAGAGACCUUUCCGCUGCGGUUCUUGCGGGAAGAGCUUCAAGCGCCCGUCCGACCUGCGGCAGCACGAACGCACCCACUCGGAGGAGCGACCUUUCCAGUGCGAGGAGUGCCAGAUGAGCUUCAAGCAGCAGUACGCUCUGGUGCGCCACCGUCGCACUCACAAAAAUCCAGCCGAUCGCCCCUUCAAGUGUAACCUCUGCGACAAGGGGUUCCUUCAGCCAUCCCAUCUGCUUUACCACCAGCAGGUUCACGGUAUGGAAAGUCUGUUUAAGUGUGCGUCCUGCCAGAAGUCUUUCAGCCAAUCGGGAGAACUGCUGAGGCAUAAAUGUGGCGGCGAGGUGGAGAAGCCCUACAAGUGUGACGUGUGCGGCAAAGGUUACAAAAAGAAUUCGACGCUGCAGCGCCACCAGAACUCUCACUGCACGGAGAAGCCGCUCAAGUGCUCCCUGUGCGACAAGCGCUUCGUGUCGUCCUCCGAGUUCGUCCAGCACCGCUGCGACCCGACCCGCGAGAAGCCGCUGAAGUGUCCCGACUGUGAAAAGCGCUUCAGGUACUCGUCGGAGCUGCAGCGCCACCGGCGAGUCCACACCGGGGAGAAGCCAUUCAAGUGCGCCAGCUGCGACAAGAGCUUCAAGCAACGCGAACACCUGGCCAAGCACCAGAGCGUGCACUCGCGGGAGACGCAGUUUAAGUGUGUGUGGUGCGGAGAGCGUUUCGUUGACCUCACAGCUCUGCAGGAGCACACGGUCCAGCACACCGCUGAGGGUGAGAGCUUCCCCGAAGCUCCGUGCAUCCCAUGAACCGAACUGCUGUUCAGUCCUGAGCAGCAACAAAUGUGACAUUCACCCACAAAAGCAAACGUGUGCCAGCCUCCGCUCCCCCAUUUGUAGUUUAUAACAUGCACCUGAUAGUUUAAUGAAUUUUAUUUUUUAGCAUCAGCAAGACUCAAGUUCAUCCUCAUCCUUCUUUGUAUAAAUGGCAAAAUAAUCCUAAAUCGACCGGCGAUUAGGAUCCCUCGACUUAUUUUGGAACACAUGGAGGAAAAAAACUUGAAGAAGGCGUGUGAUGUUUAACAGUGUGGGAAGAUCUUGAUUUCUGUUUGUAGUACCGAGUGUUGGGACCUUACUCUGUGGUUGCAUGUGAUGUGUCUGUUUUGUAACUGUUGAUUCUGUUGUUGAGAAAGAUGACAAGAACUUCCAAGACAGGUGUAUGUGUGUGUGUGUGUGCACCUCUGUGAAAAAUCCAUGUGCCUUUUUUUUUUUUUUUUAACCGAUCAGUCGUUUAUUUUAUUAUUUUUUUUGUCUGUGUUUCAUUCGACAUUUUUCACGUCCGGUGUCACCGAUUUAAAAAAAACCUCCCCCAUCCAUCCGCACACAGCGGCUGGCUUGUGCAGCAGUAUCUUUUCACAUACUUAGAUUUUAGGUAGUUUAUCAUCUGUUUGUGCAUGAAUAUUUAUCACACUUUAAUAUCACUGUUGUAUUAUAGGUUUGGUUUAUUUAGGAAAAACAUCCUAAGAAGAAGAAAAAAAGUGGAUUUGUGAAAAAUGUAUAGCCUGUGUCCUAUGAAAUCUGUGUUGUUGCAUCUUUGUAUUAAAAACAAAUGACGUCUAGGUAACUAACCCAUACCUAUCAUGUCAUACAAACACUUGACGUGCAAUAGAACGUGCACAAUGUAAUAUUUAUGACUACUGAUUCAUGGCAUAGUCUACUCUGUUAUAUUAUAGAUUGUGUGUAUAUGCUUAUGUAAUCAUUGAAAACUGUAUAGUGCUUAUGUUACCUGCUUUUGUAUUCACCAUGAAUGAGCUUGCAGUAUUUUGCAAGUGCUUUUUAGUUUCAGUUCCAGAUGGAUUAACACGAACCCGACGAGACUUUUAAAAAAACGUUACAUUGCUCACUUGCCACAAACUAGCUGCAUUAGUUACUGUGCGAUAGAUCUAACAAAAAGUAAUAUGACUUUUUUUGAAAUUUUAUUUUAUUUUGAAAGAAUUGGCCUUGUAAACAUCCUCACAGGAUUUCUAGCCUCCUUUCCUGGUCCACGCCAGACGCUCAUCAGAUUAAUCCGAGUAGCCUCAAAGAAGUUAUGUGUUGGUUUAACACCAGGCAUAAAGUAAGAAAAAAAAACAGAUAUUUGUGUACUUUAGUUAACUGUGUGGGUUUCUAUAUUCUGUACAAUCUUUGCAGUAUAUUUAAAAGAAGGUUUUUGGAGUUUAGAGAUCAUGGGUAAAGGGAAUUAAAGCUGGGGAGGGGGGGGACGGGGACGAUGGGGGACCGUGUGGUUGUGCCAUGGUUUAAAGUCCUGGUGAGUCUGCUUCAAAACCUUCUUGUCGAAGGUGAACGAGUGUAAGGAAGCGUUGGAUUUACACAUUAUGGAUAUCAAUAUAGACUCCUGUUCAUACUGUAUACAGACAAUUAAAAUAAACCACCCUUAUGAAAA